CAGGUCACAUGUUCACUGAAUAGGUCACCAUUUAGCCUACCCACAGAAGUGGUUGUCUUAUUAGCCACCACUCGUUUGCAAUCUUUCUGUUGUUUUACAGUCAGAAACAUUACAGGUUUUGGAUAACUAUUGAGUCGACACAUGGAUGAGGUGGAUGAAGUACCGGAUCUGUAUUUGUCAGAGGAUGAACUGGGAGCCGCUUCACCAACUGCGCCUCCUGACAUUGGUUCGCUAUAUGUUAAACUCCACUGGCCUGAGGUGGACCUACCAAAAAGGUGGGCGCCUAUGCUUCAGAAAGCUCUUCAGUCGUGGUUUAAUACAGCACUAGUAGAUGAAAUGCACAUCCGCUGCAAUAUUCAUAGACUAGAGCCUUUGGAAACCCCAGGUUGUGCAAUGGCAAAGAUAACACCCUUCUCAGCUCUUGAUGUUCUACUGAGCAAGAAAUCAUCCAGUCUGACUUUUAAAGACUUGAAACAGACAGCUGUUGUGCACUUUUACAGUAGUGUUCAGAUGAUCAACGCAGCUAAAAUUUCUACACAAAACGACCCCACAUAUUCCUCUGGUGAGGGGUCCCUUUUUCAGAUCCCAAUUAAGGUGAACGCAGUGGUGGAUGUGCAGAAAUGUAGCUCCCAGAUACAGGCUGAAAUAAUGGAGAAGUUUGAAAAGCACAGCUCAGGGACACAUUGUCUAUCUAUGCAGGGGACCCUUGAGGAGGUCAACAUGUUCUAUGCAGAACUCUGUCAAACAGUCAUGCAAAAGGAACAGGGUGAGAAUGAUGAGUCACUUAGUGCAGCUCCUAUUGAGACACAAGCCUCUGAAGAGGAAGGGUCUCAGGAAGUGAGCUGCCGUGUCCCCCUCUCCCUGUACCGGGCGGCCUGUCAAACAUAUAGAAAGGAGAUGGACUUGAUAGAGAGAGAAAACAGUGUGAGGAUUCAAGCAGAAAUUAUUCUGAACUUCAGAAACAGAGGAACUGGCAGGGAUAUGAGAUUGCAAGCCUGUAAGGACAUGACCAGACUUCUUCAGAACUGUGUGGAGCCUCCUCGCUCUCGAUUAGACCUUCCUGUAGGCACAACUAUGACCAAUUCAGAAUUUCUUGUUCCAAAAAAAGAUGCAAGCUCUCACUCGAGGGGUCUUGAUUGUCCUGAUAAAACUGAGCACAUUUCUGAGGUAGUAUGCAGAGUAAAGGGGCAAACUGAGGGAGAUGUAAAGAACCACGAGAGUGGCCAGCCAGUAGGAGUAGACAUGUCAACGGGGGUUUUGGAGACAGGAAAAAUGAAAGAGUGCACGAGAUCAGGAAUGCAACAAGGAAAGAAGGCAGACUUGACUGCAGUUGGCAAGCCUGGUGUUGUAGACAAAAGAGCCACCUAUCCUACAGGGAGUCUUGGAGAUCAACCGAACGGCAACAUGUUCAUCCGCAAAGAGAACGAGAGUCUGCCAGGCUUUCUAGGUCAUGACACCCUUGUGAUCGAUUAUGAUAUCCCAAGUGCUGUUCAGACUAAUGAUCAUCCCAACCCAGGAAAGCCGUUUGAUGGUCUCCAAGUGAGUGCUUACCUACCAAACAGCCCUGAGGGACGACAGGUGCUUGAACUCCUGAAAAAGGCCUUUUCACAGAGGCUUGUGUUUACUGUGGGGGUAUCCAAUAACACUGGAAAAGAUGGAUGUGUCAACUGGAAUGGCAUUUCUCACAAGACAAGCAAAUAUGGAGGACAUUUGAGUAAUGGCUACCCAGACCCAGACUACAUAAAGCAGGUUAAGCGGGAGCUGAAAGCAAAGGGAAUUGAAUGAAUGAAUAAAGCAGCAGUGGUAUGGAUGGUGGACUUGUACAUAGGCAUGUUCAUCAUGUACAUACAUCCUGUGAGCCAUGCAUGACCCUCACUGUUAUCUGUAUAUGAGAUAAACUUAUAUGUCUUAUGUAUCAAUAAAUUAUAUCAAGAUAUAUAAAAUAAUGUUUUAAUAAAUUACAACAAUUGUGUCAUCAAA